CGCGCCGGUACCCAGAUUGAUUCUCCGGAAGAGGGAGGGCGAGAGAUUUUUGACUGUGGAUAUCUCCAAAUCGCUUUGCAUUUAGAAUUGCUGCUACCAGGAUGAUUGACAUUCGGGCAUGGGCAGAGUAUGUUGUGGAGUGGGCUGCCAAAGAUCCCUACGGCUUCGUGACCACUGUCAUACUGGCUCUCACGCCUCUCUUCAUUGCCAGUGCACUGCUUUCCUGGAAACUUGCCAAGAUGAUUGAUGCACGAGACCGCGAGCAGAAAAAAAAGCAGAAACGUCAGGAGAACAUAGCCAAGGCCAAGAGGCCCAAGAAAGACUGAUCUGACGAGGCAUGAAAUAGGAGGAGCAGCUACCACCCUAUGCCCUCCGUAGUCCACAUGUUGUCACAGUGCCCGUCCUCCUCACAGCCCCACUGUGAGCACAGGCACGCCACUCUUCAAGCCUGUGGUAAAAGGAAGAAUACUGGCCCCACAGGCCCAGCAGUGCUGAGACAGACAGUACAGACCCACGGGAAGCUCAUGACAAAGCCACUUCAGUUGGAAAGAGCACAGUGGACAUAAUGUUUUUAUGCAGAAAUAUAUUACACAUCUGUUGCAACACCUUUCAUUCCAUUGUUAGCCUCGCUGUUUCACUGCUAAUCUGUACAUACGCUAUUUUCUUCAGGGCUGAAGUGAUUUAGUUAACAAUAUUCACUCCCAAUUUAUUUUAGUAAUUCAUUAAACAUUGAAGAGUCAUUGAUGGGGGAAGAAAUGGUUAAUUUGGUUGGUCAGACAAAAUAAGUUAAUUGAAGAUGGGUAAUGGUCAUUUUCUAAAUCUAAUUUUGUGACAACCGGCAGUUGACAGUUAUAUUUGCAGCCCUGGUUUCUUUGACGUGGCUUUAGGGUUCUUUUGCCAUUGCUCAGGUAUAAUACCAGAUAUUAUUGCUCAUCACAAUUACUAAACUUCAGGUGGGCAUAUGUGGCCAAAGACCCUGGGGGUUUAUUUUGUUUUUUUGAGCACUGCUGUAGUGGUGUUGUACCUUCUUCACUGCUGUCACAAAGCAGAGGACCAAGAGAGACUGAUCCAUUACACAGCAAGACAAAAUAAUUUAGGCAGUUGUUUUGAAUGUUUUUACAAGUAGUGUCAUGAUGAACUUUUAAUUCCGGUCUCAAAUGAUGAAAAACCUCUGCCCACAGCUUUAUUGGUUCCAGAUUCACCCAUUCACCCCCCCCCAGCCAGUUGAUGUUGAUCACGCAUUUUUGAUUUAAAUGUUCACAGUCACAUUGUGUUUGGUGUGACUUGCCUCAGACAGUUUGUCAUUUAUUUGCAUCAUUCGCAGUACAUGGUGCCCUUUCAUUACUCAACUGUGCUGUUCCUCAGGCCUGUGGUAACAGGAACCAGCUCCGUUGGCCCAAUAGUGCUGAGUUGGACAGCACUUCACAGAGGAAGCUCAUCCCACCACUGUGUGCUCUGCAAGCACACAGUGGACACCUGUGUAUGAAGGAAUUGGCUGCUGCAACACCUUGUAUUCCAUUGUUAGCAUCCUUGGUUUGUUGAAUUAUUAACACUUUUUUUUUUCACCUGGCAAAAUGGCAGUUAUUUUCUAAACAAUAGUUGUGGUUGACUAAAAAUGUAAUCUUCCUGUAUUUUGUAGUCGACUGAUUACAGAACUACCUUGGUGCAUAAGAG